CCCGGUGAGAACGCAUCGCACUUCGUCUGAAAGGCCAGGCCGCGAAGAAAGGGCGGGAGAAGCCGAAACCCUAAUCGUCAGCAGAUGAAGGACGAGCUCAUCGGAGGAGAUAAAGGUCGGGCCUUGCCCGUCGAUACCACUGUUCCUCGAUGGCUCUGCCAGAACUGUCGUAAUUCUCUCUGCAUCGUCGGCGCCGAGUAUUAUUCUGACAAGUUUUUCAGCGAUCCCUCUCGCUCCGGUUUUCAGGCCUCCACAGUUCAAGGAAGUGUGAUGGGAUCCAGCCGAAUGGACCAUUCAUAUGUGGUAUUAGCAAAACAAAGGACUCCGGGUCAUGGUUUGCCACCUCGCCCCAGAAGCGGUGCUACUAAUUCAGAGGGCAGAAUCGAUGAUUCAUAUGUAGUGGUGUCUCCUGCUGGCGCUUCAAUGUUUGACAAUGAGCACUUGACUGAGGGAGGUGGGUCUCAUUCCCCUGCUCUUCCUGGGAGCAGUCCAAGCAGUCCUUUGCAAGCAAAUAAUUCUGGGUUCCAUUCAACAAUAACUGUCUUGAAGCGUGCAUUUGAUAUCGCCACGACACAGACACAGGUUGAGCAGCCUUUGUGUUUGGAAUGCAUGCGGAUCUUGUCUGACAGACUUGAUAAGGAGGUUGAAGAUGUGAAUAGGGACAUAAAAGCUUAUGAGGCAUGUCUUCAACGUUCUGACCUUGAGACAUAUAAUGUUCUUAGCGAAGCUGAUUUCCAGCGGGAGAAAAUGAAGGUUGAGGAAGAAGAAAGAAAACUUCAAGCUGCAAUUGAAGAAGCUGAAAGGCAAUGUGUAGAGGUUGAUGCUGAAAUGAAGGAGUUAGAAUCAAAAUCAAAUCAUUUUAAGGAAUUAGAAGAAAGGUAUUGGCAUGAGUUCAACAAUUUCCAGUUCCAGCUGACCUUACACCAGGAAGAGAGGGAUUCCAUUUUGGCCAAGAUUGAAGUUUCCCAAGCUCACCUAGAAUUGCUGAAGCGCACGAAUGUGUUGAAUGAUGCAUUCCUAAUCUGGCAUGAUGGUGAAUUUGGGACCAUUAACAACUUUCGACUUGGUCGUGUUCCCAAGACACAGGUUGAAUGGGAUGAGAUAAAUGCAGCAUGGGGGCAGGCAUGUCUGCUUCUGCAUACAAUGGCUCAAUAUUUUCGUCCAAAAUUUCAAUAUCGUAUCAAAAUUCUACCUAUGGGAAGUUAUCCACGUAUUAUGGACAGCAGCAACAAUACAUAUGAAUUGUUUGGUCCUGUCAACCUAUUUUGGAGCACUCGCUAUGACAAAGCAAUGACAUUAUACCUGACGUGCCUCAAGGAAUUUGCUGAAUUUGCUUACUUGAAGGACCAAGAAAACAAUAUACCACCUGAGAAAUGCUUUAAGCUGCCAUACAAGAUUGAGAAUGAUAAAGUGGAGGGCUUCACCAUUACCCAGAGUUUUAACAAACAGGAAAACUGGACAAAGGCUCUGAAAUUCACAAUGUGCAAUCUUAAAUGGGUGCUAUACUGGUUUGUUGGGAAUACCAGCUUCCAGCCUCUCUCGACGAUGGCCUUUUCUCAUGCCGAAGCUCGGACAACCGGAACUGCAGGUGCAAAGCAAUCUUCUGAAUCUAGAAGCUGACCAAAGGCAUAACAACGUUCAUUCCUCUGCUUGUACAUACAACAACAAUGCUGAAGUGUUGUUAUUCCUAAUGUGCAAAGUUAACAAAGAAUCCCAGUUAAUCACAUUUAUGGUUGUGAUUUUAUUUUUAUUGAUAAAUGCUUAAGAACACCUACCAUGUGCUCAUUCAGUUCUGGAGAUUUGUGAGGAAGAUCUACUUUAAUUGUUUUUGUCUUUUAUGUAGUUUCGGCAAGUUUUAGGGUUGGGUGGGCACACAUGCACAGUUGAGUGGACCUGUUCUUGAAGGCCUCAUGUUCAUUUUAUUUUAUUUUA